AUGGAUCUCGCAUUAAAUGAUCUCCUUAAUGAUCACCAAAUCAAAGAUAUUUUUCAUAAAGAAUCCCAAAAACAAAACAUUACAGUUGAUGGCAUGCUUCCAACAAUUCUUGACAGAAUUUCAUCAUUAUAUGGGCUUGAUUUAGAAGGAGCUCAAGAUUAUUUCAGGAAUCGCAUUAAUUUUGAUGACGAAGAAGAUAUUAUAGACCCAUUGUAAGUUCUAUUCAGAAUGAUAACUUGGGAACAAUUCCAAUUAAGACUUGCUAAUUUUUUAGCAUAUAUUACAGGGACUGGUGAAACAGUUAUAAAAAAUAUAAAGAAGAGAUCAUCAAAACUCAUAAAAAAUACCCCAGCUACUGUAAUUGAAAAAACCAAUGAAAGCCGCUUUAUAAGAAAAGGGACUCCAAGGAUUAUAAAGAGAUCAAUAAAAGCUAGAAAUUCAGAGUCACCUCCUAAAGUUUAUUAUGAAAAGCCGCAAGAACAACGGUCUUGAAUAUCCCCUUAUUUAAACGAAUAUUUUGAAGACCUAGUCGCAAUUUUCCAGCAGCUUGACACAAAAAACCAGGGCAUGAUUGAUGCAGGUGAGCUUAAAGAAGGCUUGAGAAUGCUAUUAAAAAUCAUGAAAGUAAAGAAAGAUGGAGAUUUGUUUUUGUUUGAUAGAAUGAUAGAAAACAGAUUUAAAUUAAUUCAACCAAACUCAAAAACGAGCUAUAGCAAGGUGUCUUUGUAUAGUAUGAUUGAAAUUAUUGAAGAGUGGGCAUUAAAAGAGUCUUAUAAUAAAAAUUCAUUGAGGGAAGAACUAAAGAGCUCUAUUGAUGAGUAUCAAGAGCUACUACAACAAUUUCCUGCAGAAGAGGCAAAAGAAAUUAGAGAAUUAGUGAAUUCUCUUAAAGAAAUUGAAAAGAAUUUAUAUGAAUCUAAACCAGCCCAAGACUCUAUGAGAGAAAAGCAAAUAAAAGGAUUGAAAUUUAUUUUCAAUUUUUAUGCAAGGCAGACCCAAAUGUUUGGAAAAUCGCCAACUUUUGAUGAGCUAACAAAGAUUAAUAAUAUUUGAAACAUCGGAAAAUUUUUCAAAUUCUGCACCGAUUUCGGAAUUAUGGGCAAGCAAAAUCAGUCAAGAAAGCUCUCCAAAUCUGAUUUAACACAAAUUUUUCAAGUCUCUGCUGAAAAUUCUUUAGCGAUGAAUGAAACCUCAUUUAUGGUAAAAGUCAUUUAGAAAGCCCUUGACCAAAUAGCAGAUCUGUAUUAUAAUAAUCAAUUUGAUGCCCUUAUGGGUGAGCACACAAGUAGUCUCAGUCUUGAUUCCAAAAAAUCCCUUCUUUAUCAAUUUCUUGAUUGCGGCGAUUCUUCAAUCUAUAUGCAAAAAGUUAAAGGCUUUGGUCUACCAUUCAGUAGCCAAAAAGAAGGCUUUCGAAUUGAUCCCAAUGAUUUAAGCAAAAAUUAUAAGCCAAAAAUAUCUGAAAAGCGAAAACAGCUGCUUCGACAAUGAAAACAAAAAAAAUUGACCCCAGAUUUAAGGAUUGAAAAAUCACUUAAAUUUCAAGAAAAAGGAGAAAAAUCAAUUAUCGAGCCUAGAGAAAGAAUACGAUUAAACCGAUCCGAAGAAAUCCCUGAGCAAGAAAGCAUUACUUGGAAUCAGUUGAACUAUAUGGACUUAAAUAAAUAUUUAAAAGAAGAAGAAUUCCAAAUGCUUUUGCAAGAAGACGAAGAAUUUUUGUAA